AUGGCAGACUCACUGACCGAAGAGCAAGUCUCCGAGUUCAAGGAGGCCUUCUCCCUCUUCGACAAAGACGGCGAUGGACAAAUCACCACCAAAGAGCUCGGCACCGUCAUGCGCUCGCUGGGCCAGAACCCCUCGGAAUCCGAGCUGCAGGACAUGAUCAACGAGGUCGACGCCGACAACAACGGCACCAUCGACUUCCCCGAGUUCCUCACCAUGAUGGCGCGCAAGAUGAAGGACACCGACUCCGAGGAGGAGAUCCGCGAGGCCUUCAAGGUCUUUGACCGGGACAACAACGGCUUUAUCAGCGCCGCGGAGCUGAGGCAUGUCAUGACGAGUAUUGGCGAGAAGUUGACGGACGAUGAGGUGGAUGAGAUGAUUCGGGAGGCGGAUCAGGAUGGGGAUGGGAGGAUUGACUACAACGAGUUCGUGCAGUUGAUGAUGCAGAAGUAG